AUGGCUGUGGGUCACUUGCUGCGAGUGAGCAGUUUCAACUAUGCUCCCUACCACGUCAUCACUGAAGAAGGAUUCAACGCUCCUGUCAAGGGCAUAUGCGGAGAAAUUCUGGCAGCUAUAACACGAUCGCUCAAGACAAACUACACCAUAACAUUUCCUUUGGACUCCUUUUGGGGACUACUGAAGCCGGAUGGAAACUGGACCGGAGUGCUCGGAAUGGUGCAGCGUGAUGAGGCUGACCUGGCGCUGUCUGUGAUUAAUCCCACGAGCGAGAAGAAGGAUGUCGCGGUCGAGUCGGAGACGAUCCUGCCCAUCGAGAUCAUGAUCCUCGCCGGUCGCCAGUCUCGCCACGAGAGCAACAUACUUGGCAUCAUACAAAUCUUUCCCUGGGAGGUUUGGCUGCUCGCAUUUUGCGGUUUUAUCAUGUCCGCCAUCGCAUGGUCUGUCGGCGACUACGUUCACUUCCGACUCGUCGACAAGAACGGACCAUUCGACCACGUCGGAAACUUAUUUGGCCGCCUGUGGGCCUUCGUCGAGAGCACUUUUCUGGAAGCUGUCGUAAAUAUUUGUGAACACGAGCUCACGUUGUUGCCCGCGAUGGGAACAUCGUCCGCAGCGUCGCCGGUGUUGCCCAGCCGGACCUCUGCGCGCAUUCUGGUUGGCGGUUACUGGCUUGUGGUGAUCAUCCUGACUACGGCUUUCGCGGGCCAGAUGAAGGCCAUGCUUAUGGUGCGCCAGGAGGCCGACCGCAUCGACAGCAUCAAGGACCUGUCCGAGAGGCCCACCAUGAAGCCGUACGCUCCGGCCGGAAGCGCUGUGGUCUCUUCCAUCAGGUACUCCAGGGAUCCGUACUACCAGAAAGUGUGGGGAAUGAUGCAAAAGUUCAAGACCGACCUCCCUCCGGCCGUCGUCCUGUCCGACAGCUCGAUGCGAGAGAUCAUACGCGGCAAGGCGGUGUUGAUCCUGAGCCGGCCAACGCUGGCCGACCGGGCGAACGAGGUGUGCGCCAACUCCAGCGAGGGCGAGUUCUACGUGGGUAGAGUGCCCACGUUCAAGUUCAACUCGGUCUUCUACCUCAACAAGCGCAUGCCCGCCACCCUCAGGGACUUCAUCAACAAGCGAAUUCUCUGGCUCCGCGACUCCGGCUUGUUGGAAAAGUGGUGGAGGGAGUCCUCGGGAAACUGGGAGGGCUGUGGCCAGGCGACCAGUGACGGCACCCUGACGUUCGCCGACUUCAGCGACUUGAUCAAGCUUUUGCUGGCCAUGCUCACCUGCGCUUUCGUCGUCUGCCUCGCCGAGGUUGCAAUUGGGCGCGGUCUCCGCCCACCCAAGGUCCGCCAAUAGAAAAAUGUAACUUCAGCCUAUACGUGCCUCUGGAAUAAGCGUAGCAGACUAUAGGUAUGCGGUCAUGGCACGAAGUGUAUACAGACACGACGCUACUUUGCAUAUUGUUAACUGGAUCGAACUCGGUUUCACCUGAGCGUGCGUUUAAUAACUGCGAGUCAGCCUCGAAAGAAGCUAAGAACAGCGCAACCAAAGAUGGAAGGGAAAAUUAUAGGAGUUAUUACGUACUUGAAGAGACGAUGACAGCUCCAAGGAUUGCCGCGAAUGAGUCGGAGCUUGUCAUGCACAUGCGCUCUCUGAUGAACAGAACUAUAGACCAACUGUUGAUUCGAUACUAUCAAUAACCAGUACCCUGCACGAAUAACUACAUUAAUAUAGCUUCCACCGACCGAAUAUCAGUAGAAAUUCCGCUUGGUACCAACAACCAAUCUUCUCUAUUUCAGAAUAAGCUAGCUAUGACGACCAUAUAUCAAUUUACUACUCUGUCGCGGCACAUUUUUUUAGUCUACCUCGCUGAGCAUCGCCUGAGCAAGGGCCUCGCCAUGAACAACAAUGCUUCUUGAACGCAGAUUAUUCUGCGAGACAUUUUUUUUUCGACCAACAAUUAUUUUCCUCAUUUACGAAAUCAAUACCUAUCGUGUACUGCGCUGACAGAUAGACCUUGCUAUAUAUAGUUCUGCCCAGCUGCUAAAUAAUGAGAAAAGAUUUAAGAGAGGUAAUUAAAUUUGAUUGGGGCGGCCGCAACAAUGGAGACCAUGACAUUCCAGCAAGAAGGCCCAUCAGCCCACACAGACAGUACAGGUAUCGCCUAAUCAUAAUCCACUUUCGCAAGCUUAUCGCUUCGGGCAAACGAAACUCCGUC